CUUCUCAGAAGCAGUUGGCCUUUAUAUCAUUACCACACGGGGAUCUGAAGGGUUUCUGACACCCUCACUUAUGUCUCAGGACCUGGAAGCGCCUGUCUCAUGUGGGCAGUCCUCAUCAGGGAAUGGCAGAGGCGUGUGCAUGGGCGUGUGUGAGUUCCCCUGAGUCAAGGAAGACAUGGGAUUGGAGACUCAGCACCAUGACAACUUCACCCUCCAGCAGUGACUACAGUAGCACAGAGGAUUCUGUUUCCGAAUGGAAAUCCGAUCAGAGCCUCUCAAUUGGCCACUACCCGUCUGAGAACACGUUUUCUUAUGAGGAGACAAUCUCAUGUGAGGAGACAGCCUCCACGGAUUCUGCCAUCCACCUCCUCCCUCCUCUCCAAGGUACCUGGGGAACAGAGAGUGUCAGGAGACUCUUCCGGAAGCGAGAUCAGAUGGAGGGUGGCCCGGGGCAGUUCUGCAAGCUAAGCAUCACCUUGGCCUGGGAUAUCGAUGCGGGCUCUGACCAUGCAGACUCUCUAGCUAAUCUGGAUCUAAAUGGCCACCACCAGUGGAUGGAAAAGUGGCCAGAAGACAGGACAAAUCUGACUCUCUGCAAACUGGAUAACCUAGUACAGAAACUCGAGACAUUUCUAGAAAAAGAUAAAGAUAGCCAACAUGACGGCCAUGUGCUCCCUGGAUCUACUCAGAAGGAAGACGCCCACCUGACCAGUACUCCAUCUCCACCUACAGUUUGGGUCAGACAUGAAAAACAUAAUGUUUGUCAAGACUUUCCCAAGUACCAAAUUCCAGAAAAUGAAGAUGUCUGUCAUGUCCUAGAGAAUCCAAGGCUACAGAAAGAUGAAGUUGUGGAGAUAAGCCAGAAAGCUGGGAGCUCCCCAGAGACCUCCUCGGUGUCAUCCACUCAGCGGGAGAAUGCUUCUCACUCAUCCUGUCUGAACUUUCGGUGGGUCUUCCACUGGUUGAGGACACAAGUCUUCUCCCGACUGAGGAGAGGACAUGUUACCCAGGUCACCACCAGCUGGCAUCAGAAGGCAGCAAGGAAGAUACAUUCUCUCAGAGGCAACAGAAUCCAACCCCAAGAAUGACUCAAGAAUGAGUUCACGUGAUUUGUAAACUUUUUGAAGCCCCCUUGUUCCGACAAUCCCUAAGAGGUGUGCGUUCUUCUCUCCUCCACCUCACAAAUGAGGAAAUCAAGACUAAGGGGCACAUAGAGGAUGUUCCCCAUCUUCACGCUCCUUCUCAACCAGCCACUUAAUACAACCAGCAUGCUGGGGCACCCGAGAACAACAACCAGAACUUCUGCCUCGAUUCGGGAACCAUGACUGUGGGUGGCAUCUCCAAAGCUACUCAGUGCCCGCUGGGAACACAACCCAAACCACCCUGCCAUGGUGGGAGGCUAGUGGGAUAUAAGCUGCCUUCUGGAAAUGAGGGUUAGGGUUAAUGAAGAAUGAGUAAAACACACAUAAAAUGGAGCAAAAUACAGCAAAAAAAGGAAGCAAAAUAUUACCUGAGUUUUCUAAGAAUGAAUUCAGCCUUCUGAAUUCAACAAGUAUAUUUUCAGCCAGAGUCAAAGUAAUUUUCUGGGAGAAGAUACAGAUAAAACAUAUCUAUGGGCUUUUAUUGGGGGGGACACAACUGGGGAUUGUUGAGUGGGGAUUGCCAUUUUCACCAGGUCCAUGCCUCACCUAUACAGAAUAUACAGAAGAGCAAGCCUUCAGUAAGAUCUCUGGCUUCUGCAUGCUCUUUCUAACCACUGGAAUUAUGUGGCAAGUCAUACACCAGGAACAAGACAGUAAGUUUAGCAAUGGGAAAUAUUCCAACAUUCCUCGUCCAUUUCAGUCCAUCAUGUUGCAGGUACUCAGUGCUACAUAUGUGGGGAAUGGGUGGGGCUGGCCACUGCGAGUCACCAAAGGAGCAAGCUUGAACAGGAAGUGAUCACUGGAAGAAGUGAGUUCGGCUGAACCCUCAAGUUUCCUGUACAACUAUAAUUUUCAGGAACAUGCUAAUCUCACUAAUUAACAAUUUUGGGGGUUUAUUACCUUACGACUGAAAACUAAAACCACUGAGAGUGUCUCAACCUUGAAAUGAAGGCUCAGUUGCUCGAAUUAGCUGGGUAUAACCUUUGCAAUCAUAACCCAGAAUUCGUAAUACUGUAAUAUAAUUUUGAAUGCAUCGUAGAAAUUAAUCAACCCUAACAGGUUAAUCAGCUCUCUGUAAAAACAAGCAUGCCAUGUUAAUGUGACUAUAUUAUAAACCACCCAUGAAAAGAACUGCUUAAGGUGUGUGGUAGGGGAUCUAUCAAUAAACAAGGGUAACAUCUUUUUU